GAGGCUCCACCACGGUGAUGGCGGAGUAUGAGGCGAGUUUGAAGUUCUUAUACGGUGAGCAUCAGCGCUUGUGGCAGACGUCAGCGGAACAUGAGGCGAGGUUCGAUUUGUUGGAUUUGACAUUGAAAAAGAUGAAGCAAACUUUAUCGGCGUUGUCGAAUUACCUUGAGAAACGUCCGAUGCAACCGGAGUCUUCGCAUCAAGCUUCACAGCUUCCGAUCUUCAUCGGAGGUGAUCCAAAACAGUGGAUCGCAAGGAUUGAAGCUCAAUUUGUUGGUGGUGAGUGUUCAGAGAAGGAGAAGUUGGCGUUCGUUUCCAAUUUUCUCGGCGGCCAAGCAAAAUCUUGGUUCCACAAGGAACAAUCCUGGAUUCCUUUCAAUAGUUGGAACGAGGUGAAAGAUGGUUUAUUGUUAAUGUUUGGAAACGAUAGGGAUCAAAAGCGUGUAGGUUUGGAGCUGGAUCGCAAACUGGAACAGUGGAUCAAAGAUUUUGAUCGCAAGCAUCAGAAGUCAGAAAACACUGUGGUCACAAGUGUCGACGUGAUUCAAGAGAUAGAAUCAAGUGGUGACAUUGUGUUGCAGGCGAAAUUGAUUCAACAACAUGCUUCAGCUUCGAGAGAAACGUUUUCACAGUUUCAGGUACAAGAUUCUCCCUUGGAACCUAGCCUUGAAUUUAGCAAAGAGUCAUUGGAUGCCAUGGAGGAUUCAUCUGUGUUCUGCGAGCAAUCACAUGUUGUUCAUGCUUCAGAAGUGGUUGAGUUUUCUGAGUUGUUAACAAGUGUCAAGAACACACAAUGUGAACUCCAAGUGUUCGAUAAAAUGCUGGUGGGAGACAAAAGAAGGAAACAAAAACUUAAACAGAGAAAGCAUCUCAAGGCUUGGCGGUUUAAGUUCAAAUUGAGGUCAGGAAUUCAGCAGCUCACGGAUUCAUGUUUUUUUGCUUCUGAAAGAUCAAAUGGGAAACAGAACAGCUUUAAGCCUUGGAGAAAGAUGAGACAGUCACCUCGGUCACAGUUUAUUUGUAAAAUGAGAAUGAGACUGCAUUUAAGAGGACUGUAUCAGCUUUGUUUUAGUGAGGUGAAGUUUCACUUGAAGCAGAAAUGGAGAUCUCAGAUUCUGCAUUCACUUUUAGGGCCUGCAGCUACACAAUCCAUGUUCUUGUGUAAAGUGGAAUCAGGGGAAGAGACUGGUAUUACACAAGACGAAAACAAAGGCCAUACAUAUUCUGUGAUUUCAGGUGUGUUACAAGCAGCUUUACAAGGGAGAGAGUUAGGUGCAGACUCUCUGUUUCUGGAUGUUGAGAGAAAGGCUGUUGCUCACUUGUGGCAUCGUUGGAAAAUAAAAGUUGAGACAUUGCAGGCUAUUUCAGAACAUCUAAGGUGUGAACUGGUGUAUUCUCAGUUCACGGGAGGGAUCAGCUUCUGCGGUAUCAAUCUUGGACCUGUAGUUGCAGCUAAUGGUGCCGUUAGUAGUGAUAACAUUGUUGAGGUGCAUGUGAGGCUGUUUACUUGGGUGAUUCUAAAGGGUAUGAUGAUUGGGAUGAUCUCCAACAAGUGUGUGAUCCAUGCCACAGUCUUGUAUAAGUUUAAGAAACACAAGUUUCUAAAAACCUGAAACUUUAAAUACAAAUCUG